UUCUCUUCCGAAAGUUUCUCCUUUUGACUGCAAUUCUUUAUUUCCUUAGUUAUCGGGGGAAAAAAUCCUAUAAUGUGAUUUUUCUUUUGAAGUUUGGGUCUUGAUCAGCUUUUAGCCCUCUUGAUCCGGAUUUCUUUUUAUUUUCUCUAAUUUUUGUCCAUUUAUUGAAGAAAAAAAACAAAAAAAGGUUUUUUUUAUUAUCAUCAAGAGGGAUGAAGGUAACGGCGGCGGUGGUGGCGACGGUUGUGAAGUCUGAUUCAUGUUUGGGGGACGAUGAUGUGUGGCCACCGGGCUUUCGGUUCCACCCAACUGACGAAGAGCUGAUUCUUUAUUACUUGAAGAGAAAGAUCUGUAAAAAAAGGCUGAAGCUCGAUAUAAUAAGGGAAACUGAUGUUUACAAGUGGGAUCCCGAGGAAUUGCCUGGACAAUCCAUACUGAAGAAUGGGGAUAGACAGUGGUUCUUUUUCUGUCCAAGGGACAGGAAGUACCCCAAUGGAGCAAGGUCAAAUAGGGCAACCAUACAUGGAUAUUGGAAGGCAACUGGGAAGGAUCGUACUGUUACCUGCAAUUCUCGAACGGUUGGAAUCAAGAAAACAUUAGUUUUCUACAGAGGACGUGCACCUAACGGUGAGAGAACCGAUUGGGUAAUGCAUGAAUAUACCCUUGAUGAGGAGGAACUGAAAAGGUGCCAGAAUGUGAAGGAUUACUAUGCUCUCUAUAAAUUGUAUAAAAAGAGCGGACCUGGUCCUAAAAACGGUGAGCAGUACGGGGCGCCGUUUGAAGAAGAAGCGUGGGCAGAUGAGGAAUAUGAUAGUACUCCUGUAGAUACUACAACUCAUGUAGAUACUACAACUCAUGUGAAGCCAGCUGAUGAGGCUAUUUCUGGUGAUAAUGUAAAAGGUGAUGCUCAAGAUCUGCCACCUUUGCAGGAUAUUGAGGAGUUCAUGAGACAAUUAGCUGAUGAGCCUCCAUUUCCACAACCACAAUCUUGUGUUAGCCAUUUAGUGCCUCAGAGUGUCAGUGUGGGCGAGACACAAAGUACAUUGCUGGAUCCAUCUCCAAGAGAUAUUCUGUUUCCCGAGCCGCCCAUGGUUAUCCACGAUCAAGGAAGCUUUGAAUUCUCUCAGUCACCUACUUCUCAAUUGCAGUUGCAGGAGGCACCUGAGGUCACAUUAGGUGUUGAAAACUUUGAACACUUCCCCCGGUUAUGUGAGACGGAUUUCUUGGAAAUGGAUGAUCUCCUUGGUCCUGAACCUUUGAUCUCUGAUGUCGAGAAACCUAUGGAGAAUGUGCAGUUCAAUGAGGUGGAUGGGCUGAGCGAAUUUGACCUUUACCAAGAUGCUGUCAUGUUUCUACAGGACAUUGGACCUAUUGAUCAAGGAACGGUUCCACUCUCGUAUGAUAAUGUGAUGCAUCAGGCAAGUUACCAGUUGGAAUAUCAAUCUAAUAUAAGCUUGAUGGAUCAGCAGUUGCUGCCUCAAAUGAAUAGAUCAGGAGAUAAUAUGUUGAACCAGGUGGAUUAUCAAUCUAAUUCUGGUCCAAACGUGAACGUGAUGGAUCAGCAGUUGAUGUUCCAUUCAACUGUGGACCAGGUGGGUUACCAUGAUCAGAAUCAACAGCUGCAAACGGAUCAAAUUAAUGGCUCACUUUGGACGCAUGGCCAAAGCGGUGAUGCCUUCAGUCCAUCAGGAUCAAAUCUUGGGAAUGCAUCUCCAACUUCAGGUUUUGUGUACAACGGUACUAAGCAAGACCAGGGUGACAAAAAUGACGGAGGUGGAGGCUGGUUUUCUUCUUCUCUGUGGUCGUUUGUGGAGUCGAUACCCACAACUCCGGCUUCUGCAGCGGAGAGUCCAUUGGUAAACCGUGCUUUUGAGCGAAUGUCUAGCUUUAGUAGAUUAAAAAUAAAUGCAAAUGUUUCAGCAAUGAGCAGCAGCUCUUCUGGAACUGGUAGGAUGAAAAGUAGGAACAAGGGAUUCUUUAUUAUAUCUAUUUUGGGUGCAUUGUGUGCUGUUUUAUGGUUCUUGAUAGGAACAAUUAGGGUCUUUGGGAAACCCAUCUCCUGAACUAGCUGGAAUCAUUGCAUGCUAUUACACAUUUGAACAAUAUAUGUAUUGAUAGGAAUAACUUCUUGUCUAGCUAA